AUGGCAAGGACUUUUAACAAGGGAAGAAACAUGGCUUCAGGACUUGCUCUCUGGAGCCCCUUACUUCAUCUACUUGUGCUUGUUAUGUGUGUUCAAGGAACUGGAGGCAGGAAGAUGAGUGAGACACAAGAUGGUGAUGGCCAUGAAACGACACAUACAGAGCAUGCUCAUGCACAUCAUCCAUCAUCCCACAUGCAUCAUCACAUGGACCCUUCAGUUAUGAUUUUCUUCACCUUGGAGGAUCUAAAGGAGGGCAAAACCAUGGCCAUCUAUUUUCCCAAAAGAAACCCUUCAAAAUCCCCCCACUUGUUACCAAGAGAAGAAGCUGAUCAAAUUCCUUUCUCAUCAAAACAACUCCUCCACCUCUUUCACUUCUUCUCCUUCUCUCAAGACUCUCCCCAAGCCAAGGCCAUGGAAGACACUCUCAGGGAGUGUGAGAUUCAACCCAUCAAGGGAGAGAUCAAGUCCUGUGCUACAUCCCUAGAUUCCAUGCUUGACUUCACACGUGGCGUCUUCGGAUUGGACACCCCUUUCAGUGUUGUGGCCACAAUCCAUCUCACAAAUUCAACUACCAAUUUCCAGAACUACACUAUUUUAGAAGAGCCCAAGGAGAUUUUGGCUCCCAAGAUGGUGGCUUGCCACACCAUGCCUUACCCUUACGCAGUUUUCUACUGCCACAGCCAGAAAAGUGUGAACAAGGUUUUCAAGGUUUUGUUGGGUGGUGAGGAUGGAGAUAGGGUAGAAGCUGUUGCUGUUUGUCACUUGGACACCUCUCAAUGGAACCCUAAUCAUGCAUCUUUCAGUGUGCUUAGGACUAAGCCAGGGGCUUCUGCUGUGUGUCAUUUCUUUCAUGCUGAUAAUCUUGUGUGGGUUCCAGCAUCCACUUCAAUGUAG